UUCCGUCAUAAUUUUCCUUCACUUUCUUUUAAUGAAUUUACAAAAAAAAACUCGGUAACAAAGCGUAAGGCUUUUGGAGUUUUGGUGAGUACUUACGUGUGUUUCUGCCAGCGGGGCAUUUGUGUAAUUUUGUAAAUUUCUUAUAUCAAACCAAACAUGAAUCAAUACCCUUUGCGUUGCAGAGCUUCCUGGGGCUUAACCAAGACUCCAUCGACAUGGAGCAAAAGCUUCUCUCGAAUUUCGAACAAAUUUGCAAAAACCAAACAAAAAUAUCUCUAAAAUCCUUCUCUAUCGCUAGAACUCUCCUUGUAAAUCCCUCAACCUCCGAUCAGACAAUCUCUUCCAUCCUCCAAAACCUAGAAACUCUAUCAACAGCAGUAGCAGCAUCAAACCAUCAAUUCUACCAUCUCCAUGUCAUCACCCUCCUCUGUGAAAUCUCCAUCGUACGCCGCCAUUUCUCCCCCCGCAUCACCACCACACUCCACUCUCUUUCCCUUCACUGCCCCAACAUUACCCCACGUGCCGCCGGACUUGCACUCUCUACCUCUGUUUCCAUAUAUCUUGCUUCCGCGUCCAACUUGGUUUCCGCGUUUUCAGAGGGGACCGAGGGAUUGUUUUUAUCUCUCUGCUUCAGUUCGUGUGUGCCUGUGCGUCAAAGGCUGCUAUCGGAUGUGGAGCUAUUUAAUGUCCGGCCGUCGCUUCUGCUCACGGUGUUGACAGGGUUCACUAAGGAUCCGUUUCCUUACGUGAGGAAGGCUGCUUUGGAUGGUUUGAUUGGGUUGUGCAAGUGCAUUGUCGUUGAAGAUCGUGGUAUGAUUGAAGGAUGUUACCUUCGUGCUGUUGAGCUCUUGUUUGAUACUGAGGAAUGCGUGAGAUGCUCAGCUGUUCAUAUGGUAAGUGAAUGGGGGAAAUUUCUAGUGGCAAAUAGUGAGGGCAAAAGCAAAAGAGAUUGGUCAGAUGCAUUGUAUGUACAGCUGUGUUCAAUGGUGAGGGACAUGAGUAUGAAUGUCAAAAUUGAAGCUUUUAAUGCUCUUGGGAAGUUAGGAAUGACAUCUGAGUAUAUUCUGAUGCAAACCCUCUCCAAGAAAGUCUUGCCAAUCACCAAAGAAAAGACAUUACAUGGUCAACUCUCAAGAAAGCAUUCCAAUUUACCAGCUUCAAGUGCUGCUGGAGCUUUUAUACAUGGAUUGGAGGAUGAAUUCCAUGAGGUAAGAAGCUGUGCGUGUUAUUCCAUGAGGAUGCCUGCUAUUCUUUCUGCUGACUUUGCUACUGGAGCCUUAGGUUUGUUAAUGGAUGUGCUGAAUGAUGAUUCAGUUGUUGUAAGAUUACAAGCUCUUGAAACCAUGCAUCAUAUGGCUGUUUAUGGCCAUUUAAAAGUGCAAGAAAUGCACAUGCACAUGUUCCUUGGUGCUCUAAUCGACAUGAACUCAUCAAUAAGAUUAACAGCAAGAAAAGUACUUCGAUUAACUAAACUCCAUGAUCUGAUUCUGUUUAAACUAGUUGUUGAUAGCCUCAUACAGAGUCUAGAGAAAUAUCCACAAGAUGAGAUGGAUGUUCUUUCUCUUGUAUUUGAUAUUGGCAGAAAUCACGGAACUUUUGCUAUCAGCAUCAUUAAAGAAUUCUUUCCAGAGGUGGACCCUUCUUCUGAAUGCAAUUGGGAUUUUAAUAAUUCAAAAACUGCUGCACACCUUGUAUUGGCCAUAUCUAUUCCACUUUCCCAUGGAAAGCAACAACAGUUGGAUUUGGAUAGCAUUCCAUCGAUAAUAUAUUCUUAUGCUGUUACAAUUCUUGGAAGAAUUUCUAGAAGCUUGACUGGAGUGAUGAAUCAGGACACACUUUUGGCUUAUUUAUCACAUUGUAGUAGAUCAAGUGGACCCCACCCUAUAGAGUUGAUGAAAGGGGAAGACAAGAUGGUUGAAGAUGAUGUGGCAACAAAGAUUGAUACUCAAAUAACAUGUCCUGUCAGUGUCAGAUUAGACAUGGUGCAUAAUAAUAGUGAUGGUGAUUCUGAAACACUUGAUAAUGCAGAUAAUUAUAUAAAGUUUAUCUUUGCUAAUGUUGUACAAAUAUGGCCUUUGAUGAAGUUUGGAUGCAUACAAGAAGUGCUUACAACACUAAGGAGUUGGAAGGAAGAACUAGCAGCAUUUAUCACUGAUCCAUCAUGUCAAUCCAAUUCUCGUUUAACAUUUACUUCACAAUAUCUUGAUGUGGUGAAACUACUUUCAAAAGCAUGGUGUCAUGUCAUGUGCCCAAUGGACUUAAUAUGUAAAGAAUCAGGAAACUUGGGGUACAUUUUGCAAAAACUGGAAAGUAGACUCCGAGAAUUACAACACAGGUUCGUCGGGUUGAGUAAAGAAGAGGAGCUACAUAUCCAGGAGCUUACACAUGUCGCCUCUACACUAAAAUCGUCUAUAUUCGAUGAAUCUGCAAUAAAAAAACUAGAGUUUUUUUCCUUAAAAGAAAUUAUAUUCCAGAAAAACAUAAAAUACAUGGAUGCAGAAGUUGAUGUUGGGGACAAAUACAAUGAUUGGUUAAAUCCGAUUCCCUUUGUGGCUGGACUACCUGUUGGAAUACCAUUAAAGAUUAGGUUACAUAAUGUACCAAUUGAGACUAAGUUAUGGGUAAAAAUGACAAUGUAUGAGAAGUUGAGGGAGUAUGUGUAUGUUGAUUUGAAACAAUUUGAAGGUUGUGAGAAGGCAUGGAAUGUUUGUCUGAGAAGGAGGUUGAUGGUUUUAGAGGGCAUGGUGGGCCCACACAUGAACUUGUUUAUCUUUGCAAGGAAAAAGAGCAUUUUGUUGGCCUCAAGGUUUCAGUUAUUCUCUGAUUUAAUUGGAAAGAUGGUGCGUGGAUGCGCAUGACAAAGAUGAAGGUUUUCAGGGCUAUGAGCGCUCAAAGCCACUUAACUCACGAAGAAGUUGGUGAUGAAAAUGACUUCGAAAGAUAACAUGGAAACCGGUUCAAAAUUCCUUUUCAUUAGCUCUUGAAACAACAAGUACCCAUGAAUACUUUGAAAUUACAAUUUUGUCCUUACCUUUUACCUUAUUCCUUAUGGAUGGCCCACUGCCAUCAAGUAAGUCUCCUUGUUUCCACAAAGUCUUUGUGUAUCUAUUAAAGCAUGCAACUCGUCAUCAUUGUUAAUAAAAUAACUAUAAUGCACUUUUGUAUUUA